AUGGGAGCAGAAGGAGACAAUCCAGCCCCCCACGUGCAGCGCGUGCACGACGGGUGGCCUCGGUGCACGUAUUCCGUGAACUUCUACUCUGUUUUACGGUCGCAGCACUAUCAAGAGAAUCAGCUACAGCUCCCUUUGCUUACGCGUCAUCAGCAACAACACAGACGUGCUCCCCCUCCUUUGCUCCCUCAGGUGCGCCCAUGGCUGGGCAACAGGGACCUACGCUGGCAGCAGGAAGAACUGCACGAGUUGCUGCUGGAAGAGAGGGAGCUGCUCCUACAGGAGAGCCAGCUUAUGCGGCCCGACUCGAUUCUCGCCGCCUACAGCUACGAACACAGAGCUUACAUGCGAGGGUUGCCGUCGCAAGCUGCUGGGAAAGCAGUAUCUGAGCAGGGGUCAGACGCGACUGCAGCGGAUGGCUGCGGUGCAAGAGGGCCUUGCCGUACAAGUCGCACCCGCAAAGUCACAGCCAUCAGCCACCACGGUGCCGAAUCUUGUGGAAAGCUUCAUAUUGACAGCUAUAGAGCGGAGAUAUUUGCGCGCAGCGAGCUGUUGACUGCACAGGAGGUCUAUGCAGCCGUGCGGUGUAUAACGGAUCCGGAGCAUCCAUAUACUCUCGAGGAGCUCCUCGUAAUGGUGCCUGAUUACGUCAAAGUGCGUUGCAGCAGCUGCAACAGCGAUGUCUCAGCGGCCUCGCCUCGCGGCAGUGCCGCGAGUUGUUGCUGUUCACAGCAAAAACGGGAGCAACAUCCAUCGCAUUGGCGGACGAUGCGGGAUUUGCGCGUGGAGAUAUGUUUUCGCCCUACGAUUCCCCAUUGUUCUCAGGCAACUCUGAUUGGCUUGCUGCUGCUAGUCAAGGCACAGCGGGCGGCAGCAGCCGUAGGAGCAACAGCCACGUCCUCAGUAUCCGUCUCCAUCAUCCCUGGGGCGCAUGCUUCGUAUCUUUCCAUAAACAAGCAACUAGGAGACAAGGAAAGAGUUAGGGCGGCAGCGGCGAAUCCUUCACUCAGGCAGAUGAUUGAUUCAGGCCUUAAGGAUACCGAAGUGUGGACGAACGUCACAGACCUUCUCUGGUGCGGCUAG